AUAGGCAUUUUCUGAAGAUUGAAGGACCUGCUGAAGGGAUCACCUGCUUUUGAGGUUGCAAAGGUGCUAAACCAUGGCUGACUUGGAUCACAGCCUCAGCCUUGCGGAUGCUCUGACAGAUCCACCUCCCGAGAUUGAGGAGGAGGUGAAACGGGACUUCAUUGCCACGCUGGAAGCAGAGAAAUUUGACGACGUGGUUGGAGAGACGGUGGAUAAAACAGACUAUGUGCCUCUGCUGGACGACGACGAUGCUGGGAGCCAGGAACCAAAAAGCAAAGCCCACGCUGACAGCAUUCAGGUGGAACAUCCUUCAGCCACUGGGCCAACUGUAGUAGAAAAUGGUGACCAUGGGAUGGAAGAUCACCGCCCAGUGUUCCCGGGAGAAAUCAUGGAUGAAAAGCUGUCCUAUAAGGAGUUCCUCGACCGCAACGACACGUGGGCCAUGGAUGACAGAGAGCUGUUCUUUGAGCCACAGCCUGUGUUCAAACCCAUGGAGAUGGCAGACACCUUCGGCAUGCACCGAGGGGAGAACCUGCCAGACCUCUCCUUUCCUCCUGACAUGAAGAAUGUGCAGCUCUUCACAGACCAUGCUGACACUUCCAGAGACAUCCAUGUGCCACAUGGGUCUGUGAUGGUACCCGAGCAACCUUUCCUGGGCUCCCCCUAUUGCCCUGCAGGCUUGGACCCAUCAGCUUUCAUGGGCCUCGAUUCAGCUGCAGAAUUUCUGCAAGACAAAGCAGUGCCUGAAGAUCAUUGGAUGGGAGCUCAGCAUUACGCAGGGGGACCGGAUGCCUCUUUCUUUGCCGAGCCACCAGUGCCCCCCGCAGUGCCCGGAGCAGAAGUGCUGACUGUGCCGGAGUGCCCUGCAGCAACAGCAGCUCCUUACUUUGUUCCUACGGCGUUACCAGCAUCUCCAGCAGAGGCCAAAGCUGCCGAGGCACCAAAAGCAGAUGCUGAGAGCGUUGUUGCCUCGGAUGCAGAGCAAACUGGGCCCGUCCUGGCAGGGGACACGAAGCCUCCUCAUGCUGCGGAUGCUGGAUCUGCUCCUCCAGCAGAAGCUGAGCCCCCCCAGGGCACGGAUGUGGGCUUUGCCCCUGCAGCAGAGGCCAAACCUCCCAGUGCUGCUGCUGCAUCCACCCCAGUGCUGGAUGCUGCCUGGAGCCCAGCUGCAGACACCCAGCCCCAUGGCGCCGUGGAUUUGGAGUUCUCCCCAGCAGCAGAUACAGAUCCUCACCGUGCUGUGGAUCUGACCUUUGCCCCCGCAGCUGAUGCUGAGUCUCAUCGUGCUGCAGAUUCGGAGUUUACCUUUCCAGCAGAAGUGGACCAUCUUCAUGCUAUGGAUUCCAGCACUGCUCCAGCAGUGGAUGCCAAACCUUCUCCUGUAGAUUCAAGUUUUGUCUCUGCACCAGAAGCAAAGUCUGUCUGUGCAGCUGACACCGAAGUCACUGCGCUGGAAGAGCUGGUGACAUCUGAGGCCUCUGCUGAGCAUGACAAGUCCCCUUCCCACGAAGCUCCUGCAGAAACAACUGCAAGCAUGGAAGAAGAACCAAAAGCCCCCGAGGGUUAUGUUGAUGUUUCAUUAGAGAAAGUGAAGGACAGCUCACCGUCUGCCAGCCACCAGGCUGAGCACCUUGCAGCACCAACCAACCAUGUCUCAGAACCCACAGUUCCAGUAGAAACAAAAGAAGACACAGCACUAGAAAACAAAGAGCUCCCUUCAGAGCAGUGUGUUACUGCUGUGGAUGUUCCUGCAAUGGAGCAACAGAAGGAGGAGGCUGAGCAGAACCACAUCCAGCACACGGAGCCCCCGCAAGAAGCGGCCCUGCAAGAGCCUGCAGCAAAACCAGAGGAGCCCAAAGCAGCCGAUGUCGUGACAGGGAACGACAUCACAGCACCCCCCAACAAGGAGCUGCCCCCGAGCCCUGAGAAGAAGACAAAGCCUGCAGCAUCCACACCAGCAGCAAAGCCCACGGCAACGAAAGCCAGGCCCGCGGCCGCCACCAGCCCCAAACGGCCGGCCUCUGCCACUCCUGGCCCCCACAAAAAGCCCACCAGCCCCACGGCGGGCCCUCCUGCCACCACCACUCCCAAGCGCCCGGCCAGCAGCACCACGCGGCCCUCCACCCUCACUCCAAAAGAGAUUAAGCCAAAGGUCACAGAUGCAAAGAGCCCAGAUAAGAGGACCUCGCUCUCAAAGCCUCCAUCAUCUGCUCCUCGUGCUGCUGCCAGGAGCACCACUGCCACUCCUCGGACAACGGCCACCUCCCCUGUGACUGCAGCUGCUGGGGCAAAGAGCACCACUGCCUCCCCGCCCAAGAGGCCAACAUCCAUCAAGACCGAUGCAAAGCCUGCAGAUGCCAAGAAGACCACUGCGAAGUCCCCAUCAGCAGACCUGGCCCGCCCUAAGAGCGCUGCUGGAAGCGCUGUGAAGAGCAGUUCCACCACCCCCAGCACCACCACCGGCACCACCAGCACCGCAGCCGUGCCCGGCGCAGCCGCCAGCCGCCCCAAACCCAAACCUGCAGCAGCCAAACCCACCACCACCACCUCCAGCACCGCUGCGGAUGCAAAGAAACCACCUGCAAAGGCUGCAGCCAAACCCAGCGCCGCCCCCAAACCGCUGCGCCCACCCAGCAGUGCUGCUGCUCCAGACCUGAAAAACGUCCGUUCCAAAAUCGGCUCGACGGAUAACAUCAAGCAUCAGCCUGGUGGAGGAAAGGGGAAGGUAGAGAAAAAGCCAGAAUCAACCGCUGCUGCCCGAAAGUCUGAGCCCAAUGCGGUCCCUAAAAUGGCUCCAACUAAAACAGCCGUAACAAAAGAGGGUGUCCCAAAACAGCCCAAUGGGAAAGUCCAGAUAGUCUCCAAAAAAGCGAACUACAGCCAUGUUCAGUCCAAGUGUGGUUCCAAGGACAAUAUUAAGCAUGUCCCUGGAGGUGGGAAUGUGCAGAUCCAGAACAAGAAAGUGGACCUCUCCAAAGUGUCCUCCAAGUGUGGCUCGAAAGCAAAUAUUAAGCAUAAGCCAGGGGGAGGAGAUGUCAAAAUCGAGAAUCAGAAGCUGAACUUCAAGGAGAAGGCCCAAGCCAAAGUGGGUUCUCUGGACAACGUGGGACAUUUGCCAGCAGGAGGAACGGUGAAGGCUGAGGGCAGCGCGGAGCCAGAGCAGCUCCCGCCAGCCCCUCAGAACGGAGAGGUGCGAGCGGCGCAGGCAGGCAGCGCCCUGCAGGAGAAUGGCGUAGGGCCGGCGGUGCCCACUGCCCUGAGCGGUGGUGACCAAAGGGAAAUUCAGAGCUUCGAGACUCAGAUACAAGAAACAAGCAUCUAACGAUGACAUUCUGCUAUCGUCUCCCGUCCCCUUCUCCCCCUUCUCUCCUCUCCCCAUCCCUCCCCCCUCUCCCCCCGCCCUUUGUCGCUGCAGAUUGAAUCCCACAAGCUGACGUUCCGUG